AUGCCAGUCGUUGUUCGUUCAUCACGCCGUGGUUGUCCUAGCAGUUCUUGCUGUGAACCAUGUGGUGAAACUGUCUGUGAACCAUGCUCUACUUCUAAUACUGGUCCUUGCUCUGCUCCCGGUUCUGGUUCAGGUUGUGCACCCGGUUGUUCUCCUGGUUGUUCUCCUGGUUGUUCACCCGGUUGUUCUCCCGGUUGUUCUCCCGGCUGCUCUCCCAACUGUUCCCCAAGCUGUGCUCCCAGCUGUUCUCCAAGCUGUGCUCAAAGCUGUGCUGCUUCCUGUGCUCCCAGCAGUGAUGCUUGUUGUGAUCCUUGUGGUGCGCCCAAAUGUAGCUCUUCCUGUUCAUCUAAAUGUGUUCCUUGCUGUCCAUCUAAAUGUGUUCCUUGUUGUCCAUCCAAAUGUGGUCCUUGCUGUGGUCCUUGCUGUGGACCCUGCUGUGGACCGAAAUGUGGCCCUUGCUGUGGGCCCAAAUGUGUUCCUUGCUGUCCAUCCAAAUGUGUUCCUUGUUGUCCAUCCAAAUGUGGUCCUUGCUGUGGACCCAAAUGCGAUCCUAGCUGUGAUUCAACUUGUGAUCCUUGUUGUGAGCCAUGCUGUGGUCCCUGUGCAAAACCAUGCUGUGGUCCAUGUUGUGGUCCUUGUGCAGCACCAUGCGGUCGACGAUGUUGUGUACGUACCAAUGUAUGCUGCUGCGCACCACCCGUCAAAAUUAUCAAAAAGAAAACCGUUACCGUUCGUACAACAACCACCAAGAUUUAUUGCUGCUAA